CAGUCACGCUUUGCUUUUGCUUGUGGCUAUAUAUUAAAAUAAAUUGUUUUGCAUUAUUAAAAGUGUACAGUAUUAAUUCUAAGAUGUUAUCAAUAAAGUGAUUAUUUGGUUUGUGAUGUGUCUGUAAUUAUAUAUACAAUUUAGUGCGUGUUGUAACUGUAGUCAUUAUUUGCACAAAUAAAGAUGGAAGAAGCAAAUACAGACUUUAUACCAGACCUGCCUGCUGGUCCUUUAGAUCUUUAUAGAAAACGUGCAAAAUUUUCCUGGAAAAAACUUCGUGUUAUAUUUGAGGAUCCAGAAUUACUAAGACUGAAAUAUGAAGUAUGGAAUUCAUUAGAGAAUGAUCCUUUGUAUUCGAAGCCACCCAUGCCGUUGACGGCCGAACAGCAAAAGCACAGGACUGCGAAACAGUAUUGCGCAACGGCCCAGAAUAACUUUGUACCUGAUUCUUUAUAUAAUGCUCCUUAUAGUAAAAAGACGCGUCAUCUUAUGAGUGUAAAUGAAGCAGUUCAUGCAGUUUGUCCAAGUAUAUCUGUAAAAUUAGCCUUAGGCGUAGGAUUGUUCACAAAUGCACUUUUAGCCAUGGGUACUGAAAGACAUCUACCAAUAUACCAAGCAGCUUGGAAAAGAGAGAUAGUGCCUUGCAUAGCGUUGACAGAAUUAUCUCAUGGAAGUAAUACAAAAUGCAUCAGGACAACUGCAACAUAUGAUCCUUCAACGCAAGAAUUUGUUAUACACACUCCUGAUUUUGAGGCUGCGAAAGUAUGGAUAGGAAAUUUAGGCAAAACAGCGAAUAUAGCAUUACUUUUUGCGAUUCUGCAUACAGCAGAUGGAACUAGUCAAGGGCUACAUGCGUUUUUGGUACCUAUAAGGGACCCAAAAACUAUGUUGCCUUAUCCUGGUGUUACGGUGGGUGAUAUGGGAGAUAAAAUUGGUCUUAAUGGGAUUGAUAAUGGGUUUGUAUUAUUUGACCAUUAUCGGAUACCUAGGGUGAAUCUUCUGAAUCGAACAGGUGAUGUUACUCCUGAAGGAGUCUAUGAGAGCGUUUUCAGUGAACCUGGAAAAGUUCUUGGAGCAGCAUUGGAAGCUCUAUCUGCUGCACGCAUAGGCAUCAUGCAGGAAAGUUCAAAUAAUAGUCUGGCACAUGCAGCUAUCAUUGCUGUGCGGUAUGCUGCUGUUCGAAGGCAGUUUGGGCCCCAGAAGGAUGCCGAGGAGAAACCUAUUAUAGAAUAUCAAUUACAUCAAUGGCGAAUAUUUCCAUAUUUGGCAGCAUCAUGUGUGUUGAAAAUUUCAGUUGGCAUGCUCACAAAUCGUUACUUGAAUUUUGUCGAACAAUCACAACAAUCGGAAGUUAAUCAGUUGGACCAAAUGACCCAGAAAGUUGCAGAAAUCCAUGCUUUAGUAUCAUCUUCGAAGCCUUUAGUGACUUGGACAGCACGGGAUGCAAUUCAAGAAGCCAGGGAAGCCUGUGGUGGUCAUGGAUACUUAAGAGGAGCUAAUUUAGGUGAAUUAAGAAACAAUCAUGAUCCCAGUGUUACUUACGAAGGGGAUAAUAAUGUUUUAGGACAACAAACUUCUAAUUGGUUACUAAGACAAUGGACAAGUAAGAAUUUAGAAACACCAUUUAAUACGGUUAGAUUUUUAGAAAGAAAGGAGCAAAUACUGUGUAGGAAGUUUUCUGGAUCAAAUAUUGGGGAUGUUAUGAAUUACAACUUUGUUAAUGAUUUAUAUGAAUGGCUAUUGUGCUGGUUAAUGAAAAGUACUCAUAUGAAGAUGAAUAAAGAAAAAGCUAAUGGAAAUUGCAAUUUUGAUGCAAGAAAUAAUGCACAAGUAUAUUUGGCCAGAGACUUAACAAGAGCCUAUGCUGAAUUUUAUGCAAUUAACUGCUAUAUAGAAAGAUGUUCAAAACCUGAUGUACCUCAUGAACUUAAAGAUGUCUUACACUCUUUGGGCCUAAUCUAUGCCUUGUGGUGCCUCGACAAACACUUACCUUCAUUCUAUCAGGGCUGCUUUGCUUCUGGCAGUAUCUUUGCUGAUUUGUUACGAGAAGGCCUUUUGCACCAGUGUGCUCUUAUUAAAGACUCUGCAGUUUCUAUUGCAGAUAGUUUGGCACCACCAGAUUUUGCACUAAAUUCAGUUAUUGCCAAAUCUGAUGGAAAGCUUUAUCAAAAUUUGCAAAUGGAGUUUAUGACAAAUCCUGGAGCAUUGGAAAGACCAGAUUGGUGGAGAGAUAUUCUGCCUUCAAAUAAAAUUAUCUCUAAAUUAUAAAUAUAAUUUAUUAUCGUAUCUAAAUCUGUCCAUACUUUUUAUUGCAACUUAUUUAAUGAGUGUUCAAAAUUAUACUUAAAAAACAUAUUUAUUAAUUGUUAAGAUCUCUAUUUUUAAUUAUG